CUUGCUGGCAGGAGAGUGUGACGGGCUUUAGCCACAACCACAUCAGUCUGCUGGCCAAACUACUUUUAAACAGGACGCUGUCUGAUUCAUACCAUAAUCUUUAUACCCUCGCUGACGAUGUCUCCGGAUACACCUAACGAAGAUCCUAGAUCAAUCGUUUGGUUUGACAUCGACAAUACACUAUAUUCUGCCAGCGCCAAGAUUUCCCAAGCUAUGGCUCAGCGCAUCCAUGCAUACUUUGUCGAUCUUGGACUCGAUGAGGAUGAAGCCUCUGAGUUGCAUCACGCAUACUACACUCAGUACGGACUUGCACUUCGCGGUCUAAUGCGUCAUCAUGACAUAGAUCCCAUGGAUUUCGAUCAAAAAUGUGAUGGAACACUUCCUCUCGAUGAUCUCAUUAAACCAGACCCGAGGCUUCGAAAGCUCUUUCAAGAUUUGGACAGAACGAAGGUGCGCGUAUGGGCGUUGACUAAUGCAUACAAGAACCACGCACAACGAGUGCUCAAGAUAUUAAACUUAGAAGACCAGAUUGAAGGACUUGUUUAUUGUGAUUAUCAGCAAAUCGGCUUUACUUGCAAGCCGGAACCAGAUUAUUAUCACAAUGCCAUGAAGGAAGCAAAUGUUUCGGACCCAUCUAAAUGUUACUUCAUCGACGAUAGCCAGCGCAAUGUCACAAGCGCUAAGGAACUUGGGUGGGGUCAUUGUGUACACUUUUGCGAGGUCGGUAUGGAAAUUAUGGAUGGCGGAAAGACGAAGCAACUUGUUCGAAACACCAAUGAUAAUGACCCCGAAAGCAUCCCGCAGAUCACUGAUUUAGAAGAAUUAAGGACUUUAUGGUCCGAGAUCUUUGUAUAACAGACUUCUAGACGAAAGAACAGAGUACUUGCAUGUGGAGUCUGGCGUUUAAAGAUAUGACAUGAAUAAUAAGGAAAUUGGGAUCAGAACAUGGUGUUGAUCAAACAGGUAGGAGACAUCAAAAGGGUCGAAUUAGAACUAUUAGUUCUGGGACGCCUCAAAUGUUCUAUCGCUUGUAGCAGUCUCUGAU